AUGACAAACCCGAUCAGCGAUGAGAAAAGCAUCAGGCAUCACGUGACAGCGCGAGCGUGUGAAGACGGUCUGAUGUCUCCUGAGUCUAGCGUCACGUCGCUGCUGGCCACUUCAGGACUCCUGCAGAGCUCCUUACGCCCGGAGCCCGUCCCCAGCAUCAAAUACAGAGACAGACACUACAUCUCUGCGUCAGAGGCGCUGGACGCUUACAUCACUGACUUCCAGAGGAGUCUGCGAGACGCUGAGACCACAACCGGGAAACUUGAGCUGCCCAAAGAGAUUACAAAACCUCAUCCCAGAAACAGAGACGUACUGAAGACGAGUUUGAUGGAUGAAGAGCUGAUCUUCCUGAACAUUCCCGUCCGGAACAGAGACUCGGAUCGGCUCAGUAUGACCACUGAUGACCUCCUGGCUCUCCCAAAUGACGGCUCUCUCCCCGUGACCCGCACCUCAGCCCUCCUCUCCCGCUCUGGGAGCUUUCCGUUGGGAUUGAGCUUCAACUCUAGCUCCCGGUCACACUCCCGGUCCAUUAUGGCCCAUAAAAACUCCAUAAGGCGUCCCGUCCCUGUGGAUGAUUUACUGAUGGCUGGUUUGAGGUCACACCGUCAAGCUCCUCCCCCCAACAUCCCGCCAGCCAAUCGGACGCCCAGAUCCAGUCAUCUCCCGCGCUGGAUGACCAGCCAGAAAUCCGACAUGGAUGUUUCCGGGAUGACCAGCGUUCCUGAGCUGAAGUAUCCGGUGUGGCUGAGACAGUGUGAAGAAUCCUCAGAUCAUCCUCUUCCUCCCAGAGUUCCUUCAUGGGUUGGAGAACUGGAAGAGUCCAGUGGAGAACGUCAGUCGGACGCUAAAGGUCAGCGAGGUGUCAAAGGUCACGCAGGAGAGCCGUAUGGAUCCCAGUCCAUCAGUCAGUGCAGUCUGAGAGAUCUGCGUUUACAGUUUGAGCAGAAACUCCAGGCAGCGAAGAGAGGACCGAUUCAUGAAGGACCUCUUUUCAAAGAUGAUAAGAUUGGUUCUCUGAUCUUCAGAGCCGAGCAGAUGUUAAACGCGCCUUCUUUUGCUCUCUGUGAGCCGGUGAAGGAGCACAACAGUUCAGGAGAUACGGAGGACGUUCUGGACGCGGACCGAUCCUGGGACAAUCCCCCUGUGACGUUUAAAUCUCCAGUGCGUGUGGGUGGUGCUGAUGAACCUCCAGCGCCUGAGGAACUUCAGAGGAGCAAGUCUGCAGCUUCCUGUUCAUCAGGAUACAGCAGCAGAAAGCAUCCUGGUCCGGUGGAGGCGCUCAAACACAUGCUGUUCCUCCUGCAGGCCGUCGAGCACAAGAUCAGCCAAUCACACGCCUCCGGUGACGCCAAAACCACUGCAGCUUCAGCCGCACAGCUGGAGAGAGACACACCGGAGCCGGUGAACAGAAAACCAGCCUUGCUCCUGUUAUAAUUGACAAAGCUUUCAGUGUCAUUGGUUAAUAUGUGACCCUGGAGCACAGAAGCAG